AUGGAGGGAAUGCCUAGGCUCCUCCAUGGAACAAUCGUAGCUACCAUCUUCAAUGCCUCCUCACCUUACUCACCUUUAUUUCCCUUCAAUUGCAUAUGUACCAAUGGAAAGCCUGCUUACGUGACCAUCAAGAUAGAUAACAAGAAGGUUGCAAAAACAAGCAAAGAAAGUGAUCGUGUCUGGAACCAAACCUUUAAGAUUCAAUGUGCUCAUUCAGCUGAUUCAACUAUCACCAUUACACUGAAAACAUCAUUUUCCAUAUUGGGGGAAGUCCAUAUCCAGGCCCAGCAACUAUUAAAGGAAGGAAAUUUGAUCAAUGGGUUCUUCCCUCUCAUCAUGGAAAAUGGAAAACCAAACCCAAAACUUAAGUUAAAGUUUGUAUUAUGCUUCAAGCCAGCAGAACUGGAACCAAGUUGGGCAAAUUUACUAAGCAAUGAUGAAUUUCAAGGGCUGAGGGAUGCUACAUUCCCACAAAGGUCCAAUUGUCAGGUCAAACUUUAUCAUGAUGCUCAUCAUUCUUCUGCUUUCCAACCUCCUUUUGAUCUAUGUGGAGUUCCAAAAAACCUAUGGGAGGAUGUUUAUAAAGCCAUUGAGGGUGCAAAGUAUAUAGUUUAUAUUGCAGGCUGGUCCUUCAAUCCCAAGAUGGUUCUGGUUAGAGAUCCUAAUACAGAAAUCCCACAUGCCAGAGGAAUAAAGUUUGGUGAGCUAUUGAAUAAGAAGGCAGAGGAAGGAGUGGCUGUGAGGGUUAUGCUUUGGGAUGAUGAAACUUCUUUGCCCUUAAUUAAGAACAAAGGGGUAAUGAACACUCAUGAUGAGGAUGCUUUUGCUUAUUUCAACCACACAAAAGUAAUAUGCAGAAAGUGUCCCAGGUUACACCACAAGUUUCCCACACUCUUUGCUCACCAUCAGAAGACUAUAACAGUGGACACCAAAGCACACAAAUCUGUUAAUGAUAGAGAACUCACGAGCUUUGUGGGUGGAUUAGACUUGUGUGAUGGCAGAUAUGACACAGAGCAACAUUCAUUGUUUCAAACACUCAUUAGGGAAUCUCAUUGUUAUGACUUCUACCAAACAAACAUUGGAGGAGCUAGCCUCAACAAAGGAGGGCCAAGAGUGCCAUGGCAUGAUGCUCAUGCUUGUGUUACUGGUGAGGCUGCUGGGGAUGUGUUGACCAAUUUUGAGCAAAGAUGGACAAAGCAGUGUGAUCCUUCUCUUCUAGUUCCUGCUAGCACCUUGGCAAAUCUUAUGCCUAGGACAAGAACAAGCAGUUCAAUAGAAAGGGAUUGGAAAGUUCAAGUAUACAGGUCAAUUGACCAUGUCUCAGCUGGUGACUUGUUUAGAAAGUUAACUGUGGAGAGGAGCAUCCAUGAAGCUUAUGUGGAAGCAAUUAGGCGUGCUGAAAGGUUUAUAUACAUUGAAAACCAAUAUUUCAUUGGGGGAUGCCAUUGGUGGGAGAAAGAUAGGCAUUGUGGCUGCACAAAUCUAAUUCCCAUCGAAAUUGCACUCAAGGUGGUUAAUAAGAUUAAAGCAAAGAAGAGGUUUGCAGUGUACAUAGUCAUACCAAUGUGGCCAGAAGGAGUGCCUGAAAGUGAAUCCGUUCAAGAUAUACUACAUUGGACUAGAGAAACAAUGGAAAUGAUGUAUAGGUUGAUUGGAGAAGCAAUACAAGAAAGUGGGGAACCAGGACACCCAAGAGACUACUUGAAUUUCUUCUGCCUUGCAAAUAGGGAGCAAAAGGGACAAGGGGAGUAUCUUCCUCCAGAUUUUCCACAUCCUGAAACACAAUACUGGAAUGCUCAAAAAAAUAGGAGAUUCAUGGUUUAUGUUCACUCCAAGCUCAUGAUAGUGGACGACCUAUACAUUUUAAUAGGAUCAGCUAAUGUGAACCAAAGAUCCAUGGACGGGGAAAGGGACACUGAGAUUGCCAUAGGAUGCUACCAGUCUCAAGAUGGAGCUGAUAACCAAAUGAGCCUUGGUGAUAUUCAUGCAUACAGAAUGUCACUAUGGUAUGAGCACACCAAUAGUGCCCAAGAAUUGUUCUUAAAGCCAGAAUGUUUGGAAUGUGUGCAGAGGAUGCGCUCAAUAGGAGAUCAAAUGUGGGAAAUCUACAACAGUGAAGAAAUUGUGGACAUGAAAGGUGUUCACCUUGUAACAUACCCUGUGAGGAUUACACAAGAAGGGUAUGUCAAGGACAUGAUUGAUGGAAUUCAUUUUCCUGAUACAAAUUCUCUAGUUAAGGGGAAGAGAUCUAAAAUGUUGCCCCCUGACUUAACAACUUAG